AUGAACGCCGACGAGAUAUCCGCUAACCGCGACGCUAAUGCGGGCGCGGAGGAACGCAAGGUCCAGCCAAUCCCGCCUUUGGAUGAAAGAGAUAUCAAGCUGGGAUACAUGAGCGAAGCCGACCGACAUGUCUACGAAAGCGGUAUUCAAAAGUUCAGUCGUCUCGGUUGGAAGCGUCUUACUGUCGUUCUCAUCGUUGAGGCUAUUGCAUUGGGUAGUCUGUCGAUUCCUUCCACAUUCGCUACACUGGGCAUGGUUGCUGGUGUUAUUUGUACUGUUGGACUCGGCCUUGUCGCCAUUUAUACAAGUCAUAUCAUUGGCCAAGUCAAGCUUGCCUUUCCCGAGAUUACUAGCUAUGCGGAUACUGGCCGAUUGAUGGGAGAAAGACUCGGAUGCCCUCGUUUUGGUUAUGAAUUGAUGACUGGCAUGCUUGCGCUCCAACUACUGUUUCUCACCGGGUCUCACUGCUUGACUGGAACUAUUGCAUUCUUGAAUAUCACAAAGAGCGAUGUCUGCUCUGUGGUGUUUGGUGUGGUCUCUGCGAUUAUUCUUCUAUUGCUCGCUGUGCCUCCUAGCUUCACUGAGAUGGCUAUCCUGGGUUACGUCGAUUUUGCCUCGAUUAUCAUCGCGAUUGGUAUUACCGUCAUCGCUACGGGUAUCGAUGCGCACCACUCCCCCGGUGGACUUUCGGGAGUUAAUUGGUCUGCCUGGCCUAAGGAAAACAUCACCUUCUCAGAAGCAUUCGUGGCUUUGACGAAUAUCAUUUUCGCGUAUAGCUUUGCCCUUUGCCAAUUCUCCUUCAUGGACGAAAUGCAUACUCCUCGCGACUACGUCAAGUCCAUCUGGGCUCUCGGUAUCACCGAGAUUGUGAUCUACACCCUUGCCGGUGCCUUGAUUUAUGCUUUCGUGGGACAGGACGUGGGCAGUCCUGCCCUUCUCUCAGCUGGUAGCUUGAUGAAGCGCGUGGCAUUCGGUGUUGCAUUGCCCGUUAUCUUCAUCAGCGGCUCUAUUAACACCGUCGUGUUCGGUCGUCUCAUUCACGGUCGCAUUUUCGCCAAUUCUCACAUUCGUUUCAUCAAUACUAAGAUGGGAUGGUUGACGUGGCUUGCGAUCAUUACCGCUGGCACGAUUAUUGCAUUCAUCAUUGCUGAAGUUAUUCCUUUCUUUAAUGAUUUGCUUUCUAUUUCCUCGUCGCUGUUUAUCUCUGGGUUCACCUUCUACUUCCCUCCCAUGAUGUGGGCGUUGCUUCUUAAGAAGGGCAAGUGGUCGGAACCGAAGAACAUCAUGCUGGGACUUGUUAACUUGGGCGUUUUCCUGAUUGGCAUGGUUACGCUUGUGGCUGGAACGUAUUCCAGUGUUGAUGAUAUUAUGAACAAGUACAAGGCUGGUACAGUUCAUGGUGUUUUCACCUGUGGUUCGCCCGAGUAA